AUGGAUACUAAUUCACCAAAAGACAACAUCAAAAAGGAAGCACAUCUUUCUGAGUCAGAGAAUAAUGUAAAUAAUGAACAAUCUACAACCAAGACAGAACCAUUGACAACAACUCGUUCAGUCAUUGAAGUUGAGGCACGUAAAUAUCUCAUGGAACAAACAAAAUCAGUUAAAGUACCUUCCUAUGCCUCUUGGUUUGAUUUCAACUCAAUUCAUCCAAUCGAACGCGUUGCACUACCUGAAUUCUUUACAAACAACAAUUCAUCAAAAACGCCAGCCAUCUAUCAAGAUUAUCGCGACUUUAUGAUUAACACAUAUCGUCUUAAUCCAAAAGAAUACCUGACAGUAACCGCUUGUAGACGAAGCUUGGCUGGCGAUGUAUGUGCAAUCAUGAGAGUUCAUGCCUUUUUGGAGCAAUGGGGUUUAAUCAAUAGUGAGUGCGAUCCUUUCACUUGGCCUUCAUCUAUCGGUCCACCCUAUACAGGUCAUUUUAGAGUCACAGCAGACACACCUCGAGGUUUAGCCCCUUACAAGCCAAAUAUUAAACCAAGUACAUCAUCAGCGCCCAAGGGAGAAUUGAAUAUUGAAUUAAGACAGAAAGUGUUUGAGGCAGCCAAUGGUACAUCUACAAGGGAAUGUUUUUGCAUAACAUGUGGUGCUGAAUGCAGUCGAGAAAGAUAUCACAGCUUAAAGAUCAAAAACAUGGACCUUUGUCCUCUCUGCUACAAAGAAGGUCGUUUCCCAGCCUCCUGUUUUAGCAGCGACUUUAUUCACUAUAGCAGACAACAAGAGAAGCAAGAAAAGUCGGAAAAGUGGUCAGAUGAAGAAACGCUGCUACUAUUGGAAGCUAUUGAGCUGUAUGAUGAUGACUGGAACACAAUAGCUGACUACGUGGGAACAAAGACCAGAGAACAAUGUAUCUAUCAUUUCCUACAAUUACCUAUCGAAGAUCCCUAUCGUUCUAUAGAUGGAAAUGUUCACAGCAGUGUCGUUGAUCAUAAACGUAUCCCCUUCUCUCAGGCGGACAAUCCGGUCAUGUCCAUAUUGGCAUUUUUGGCAUCAACGGUUGAUCCUGAAGUCGCUUCUACUGCAGCUAAAGCGGCUAUUGCCUGUCAGGAACAGCAAAAAAGAAAGAACGAGGAUGCUAUGGAGUUGGAUAAGGAGCAGCCCAACAAGAAGCCGCGUACGUUGAUAGAAAAGGCAGCAUCAGUAGCGCUGGGAUCAGCUGCUGCUAAGGCUAAAUCAUUGUCUUCCAUUGAGGAGAGAGAGAUUAGGAGAUUGGUGCAUUCAGUCCUUGAAGCCGAAAUAAAAAAGGUCGAACUCAAGAUGAAUUACUUUGAUGAAAUGGAAGCCGUUUUGGAAUACGAGAUGGAAGCACUUGCUCAACAGCGCAAGGAUGUAUUCACCUAUCGUUUGUCAGUUAAAAAGACGGAAGCUCUACUAGAACAGGAGAUUAAUAAAAGAGGAGGUGUCGAGAUGGCUAUCGAAAAUGGUUGGGCACCACAAGAGCUUCAGCAACUCAUUCAUAAUUCCCUUUUCAAAGAAGAUUAUCAUCUAGCUGACAUGUCUACCUUGAACGAAUCUACCCUAGUUCACCCGUCGACUCGCAUGGAUGAAAGUGAAUCAGCAAAGGAUGCAUCCUCAGUACUCUGUCUCUAA